AUGGGUCAUAUUCCUCCAAGUUUGAAAAACUGCAAAAGUUUAUACAGAGUUAGGCUUGAAGGAAACCACUUCACAGGAAAUAUAUCAGAAGCUUUUGGUGUGUAUCCGAAUUUGUAUUAUAUGGCAUUAAGAAACAACAGAUUUUAUGGUGAACUUUCUCCAAAGUGGGGGCAAUGCCAUAAUCUAACAAGGCCACAAAUUUCCAAUAACAACAUUUUUGGAAAGACACCACCUGAGUUGAAAUGUACAACUCAGUUAGAGGAACUCGAUCUCCCUUCAAAUAUUCUUGUAGGUGAGAUUUCCAAGGGAUUGGGUGCAGUGACAUUGAUGUUCCGUCGUUUGCUAAGUGGUAACCAGCUUUCAAGCAAAAUUCCACCCGAGAUUGGAGUUCUUUCAAAUCUACGGCAUCUUAACUUGGCAUCAAACAAUUUAAGUGGGACGAUUCCUUAUCAACUUGGAGAGCGCUCAAAGUUAUUGAAUUUGAAUUUGACAAAAACAAACUUGGAGAAAGCAUUCCAUUUUCAAUAG